UUGUGGAGCUAUUGAAUCCAUUUAAGACGUGUACCUAGCAUACCUGGCUGUUUUCCAACUGGGAAUAUCAUUGGAUUGUUUCAGUCUAACCGAACAGCAAACAAUUGCUCUAUUCAGCAUAUUCUGAACGGCUUAAAACAAGGAUCUCAAAUCUGUGAUAUUCUUCGAACACGCUUGUGGAUAACUCUUGUGCCUGUUUGACUCUUUUUCUUUUUUAAAUUUUCAUUUUGCGUUUGUAGAUUUAAAUUUUGUAAUCUACCAAGAUGUCUGAAAACACUGCCAAUAGGAGUAUGUUCUACUGUAGAAUGGGGACAGGCUUAGCUCUCACCACAUUGACUUUGAUAUUCAUCACCAUAGCUGAUAUUGCCAUAGCGGUGGCCUACCCGGACAUCCUUGCAGACAACGAUACAUCGUGUGCGUUGAAGGCGGCCUAUUCAAUGUUUGUUUUAACCACGAUAGGACAGUUUACGAUGGCAGUGUUUGACACCUUACUCGUGUGUACUACGGUGCGGACAAACGUUUCCUGUAAUUGUGUGUGCUAUCACAUGAAAGUCAUCGUUCAUUUUACAUCCUGUGGACUGGUAUUCCUGGGAACUAUGAUAUACGGGAUAAAGGAUCCGGACAAGGUCGGAUAUUCCUUCUGGAUGGCUCUCAUAUCCGGCUUCUUUGCUCUUAUUAACGCCCUGAUGUGGCUUCUGACGCAGCAAACCAAACGCUUCCUCAAGGACGCAGGGGUCAACGUAAAAAAUCUAGAGGCGGGUAAAAAGGCCGACGGUUCUAAUUUUGAAUAAUGAAGAAACAGACGACCGCAUUUUGUGACGAUAAAUACAACAAUUAUAAACAUUUGGUCACUUACAGUCAUAUGCUAUGUUACUAACUAUGGCAAUCUUCGUCAUUUUCGAAGUAGCUCGACGAAAAACUGGAUACAUGUCUGAAGGAUUGUAUUUAGGACUUGGUUUAAUAAAUUGAUAGAUAUAUAGGAAUGCAUGUCCUGAUAAAACUCAAGUUUUUUAUACAUUAUUCAAUUAUACUCCAAUUAAAAUUCAUAAGGGAGAUAACCCUUACAUAUGAACCAUUUGAGGUGGUUAUUCGUGGUGCCAAACACAGACUAACAUCACGCUACCCUAAUUGGUACCCGGGCAGCGACAUUUUAAGAGUACACUGUGACUUCAAUUUAAUCAUCUCAGAAAACCAGAAAUAAUGACGAACGUCGACGAAACCUCAAAACGGACGAAAAGUCACUCAAAAUUAAGGAUUCGAUCUUUAAAAACAAAUUCCUUUCUUUUUCUGAAAAUGAACCGCCAUGGGCAGCCUUUACCAAGAAUCAAGAAACUUUCCAGUUAGAGAUCUGGAGUUUUAAAUAUCAAUGAAAAAUCCCAAAAUUGUACCAAUUGUGGUAGCAUGACGUUACUGGUACGGCGCCGAUAAACACAAUGAUUCAUAUUAGAACACAUCAAGUUAAAGUGACGACAAAAAAGAAUCGAGAAAAAAUAUUGCACUUUGACAUAAUUCUAAAGUACUAAAAUCGGAUAUUUAUAUAUAGUUUUCAAUCGGACACGAACAUUUGUUGAAGGGGUGCCUUGUCAUAUUGUGUAUACAUCAAUAAACAUCCUCGGAAGACAUGUACAUAGUAUAUGAGGAAUCGUGUAUUCAUACUUAUAUUUUUAACAUUGUAUUAAUCCAUUGGCAAUUAUCAAAUGAUGCCUAUUGUACGGUCACCUGAUAUUACUUUUAUAACAUAUAUAAAGGUGUUUUUUUUCAAAAUUUAUGUAAUAUGAUUAAAACAAAUAUAUUUAUAUACUUGUAUAUAUUACCUAGUCUUUUUAUUUAUGGAUGUAUAACUACUUGAUGAUCGUAGCGGUGCCGAAAAGUUUUGAUUAUGACAGUAAAUCAUAUAUACAUUGUUCUUAGUUGGAUCAUAUUA